GCCAAGCGAUGGGCGCGACGUGCUCGUAGGGGGCGUGCCGUGCGCAUGCGCAGUGAGGCCGGCCCGGCGGCAGAGUGGAUCGGUGUCAUGGCGGCGUCGGGCGGAGGCAGGAAGGAGGACGCGUUCAACGUGCUGGACCUGGCCGAGUACACCAAGAGCCGGCCCUGGUGGAAGAAGGUGUUUGCCCCCAGCUCCGGGUCGAGCGCCGAGAAGUACAACGUGGCCACGCAGCUGGUGAUCGGAGGGGUGACGGGAUGGUGCACUGGGUUCAUCUUCCAGAAGGUUGGAAAGCUGGCAGCAACAGCGGUGGGAGGCGGCUUUUUCCUGCUUCAGAUUGCAAACCAUACAGGAUACAUCAAAGUUGACUGGAAGCUCGUGGAACGUGACGUGAACAAAGCCAAGCAGCAGCUGAAAUUUCACAGCAGCAGUAACAAAGUGUCUCCAGAAGUGAAAGGCAAAGUGGAUGAGGUGAUCAUAUUUCUGAAGAAGAAUGUUAUCCUGACUGGAGGGUUUGCCGGAGGAUUUCUGCUUGGAAUGGCUUCCUAGGAACUACAGUCAACUUUCAUCAUGCCCAGCCUCCCCUGUCCUCUUCUCCUUCCUGUUCCCUCUAAUGUAGAAGUCAGUGAUAGUUCCCAGCAGGUUCAGCCCCUAUACUCACAGGUUCUAGCUCUUAUUUCUUACAACACUGCUUUUGAUUUCCAACUUUUACCUGUCUGGACUGUUUGGGUGCUGUAUUGGCCCAAAAGGGUUUGACUUCAGUGUAUCAUAGUGAUUCCUUUCCCCACUAGUCCCAAGCUGCUGGGUGAGUUGCAGCCUCAUAAACAUGUAGUGGCAGAGAAAUCUUUACAAUGUGCUUCUAUCCCAGUGCCUGGGACCUGUACGUUUGUCUGCCAGUAUAUGUGUACAACAGCUGUCAGCUCUUCACUGCUAUUUAUCUUGCACUUUCUCUGCCCUGGUCACUGGAAAGCCUGAGCUUCCAUCUGUGCAGAGCUGCUGUGUGAAGUGCAGAUGUGCUUGGCUGUCCUGGUGUGGCUGCAGAGGUGCUGGGGGACAGCGUGGGCCAUGCCAAGGCAGGAGGGUGAGGAGCAUAUUCAUGCUUUGUGUGUGGCAGGAGUUCUCUGCCUGUCCCUGCCGCUGCACUGCACAUAGGUGGCUGUUUGGCUUUCCCUCUGCUGUUAUUUUUAGCCCUUACUGGAAGUGCAGCUGAUGGAAACUGAGCACAGUGUGUGUCACACUCUCCCUGUUGUGUUCUGAAAGUCUCCCAGCUCCCACACAGAACCCUGCUCAGUCACCAGCUGCCAACUUCUGAGGUGUGCUGAGGUGCUCUCUCCUUGUGGUGGGCUGGUUCCAGGGUGCUCCCAGCCUGUGGCAGGCUGGCUGGCACAGGCAGUGUGUGUUUCUGCUGUUCCACUUACUGUAAGCCACCCUGGGGCUCAGAUCAGUGUUUCUAGGUCUGCCAUGACCUCUGGCUGCUUUGAAGUUGAUGCUCUUAAAGCUGUAACUCCAUGGGAUGGGAUCACAGGUAGGAAUUGCAUCCCUGUUUAGGGUACGUUGUACUGGUCCAGGAUCCUUUCUGCCAUCCUUUGAAUGGAAGGGAGAGGAUGUGAAAUCCGGUUAGAACUGCUUUGAGCACCAUCUCUGAACUUUCUGCUUACAAGAAGUGGGCCUUAAUGAUAAAAACUGUGGGGUAAACCAGGGUACAUCUCCUCUAUGGGAGUAGGCAGCUUCCAUGCUCUUUGCCCUGGUCAUGUCCUUUCUUUAUUUGAAUUUACUGCUUCCCCCUCACCUCCCCCCAAAAAGCAGCUGCUUGCUUAAUUUCCUUGUGUAUUUCUGACAGCUGCAGCAUGGUGCAGGGCUCAGCUGCUCUUGGGAGCUCUGUGCCUGAGCAGUUGUGUGCAGAGCAGCACUGUAACCCAUGAGAAAUAGGAAAUAUAUGGAUGCUGGAGGUGUUCUGCAUUGUCUGUGCUGGGUUGGCAUUAGCACCUGGACUUGAAUGAGCUCAGGGUGAUGUCCUUCAGCAGGUACAAAUAGGUGUUCUUCCCCAGAUGUUUCUUAUGUGGGUCAGCACCCCCGUCACAGGGAACCAGCCUGGAGGGCAGCGAUGUGUAUGAGUGACCAGGACGUGCUCCUGGUGGCUGCAGCCCAUCUCUUGUGCUGUGUGAUUCCAUUCGGAACAUACAUGGCUGGUUCUUGGUGCAGAUAGAAGGGGGACUUGUCCCCACAGAGCUGCUGAGGGGGCUGGAACUGUGGGUUGAGCCUGCAGAGGUUUUGGGGUGAGCACUGACAGUCAUUUGCUUUGUUUCAUCUCUCAUUGAGGUGUCAACUCUUCGAUCCAAUUGGUGUUUCCAAGAAGCAGAAGUUUGUAUCUUUGCUCCCGGGAAGAAGAGAGGAGCAGCCAGGCUCACAUCCUUUUAAUGACAACGUUUAGGAAAGCCAUGAGGGGCUGCAGGGGUGAUGUGGUGCAGCAAAUAGGUUAUCAAUGAAUUCAUGCUUGGGAGUGGAGUGAUUAAAUAAACAAAAACCAGGUUUUUGUAGGAAACCUGCAUAGCUGAACGUGUGAAUGAAUACAUUUGUAUUGCAGGGUAUCUCUUGCUCCUGUAGGGGAAGUGUUGCUUCUGGUGUGUUGAGUAACCCAGCUGGUAUGCGCUGUUCUUCACUAACCUUUCUCCAGGGGCAAAAAGAAGGUAGAUCAUUGGCAGGCUUUAGGGCUGCCCUCCAGCCUCCAGUCAGGCCCUGUCUACCCAGGGUAGGAGGUGUUGCAUUCUGCUCUGCAGGGUCCUCGUGUGCUGCUGCAGAGAGGGAACCAGAACAUCUCCGUAACUGCUGCAAGGGGAAGAGAGGAGUUGAGGCCAGUUCAGUUGGGUGUGAAGGUGGGCAGGGGGCAGCUGGGAGCUGGUACAUCUUUCUGCUGUGCCAGCGUGAGGCUCACGGCUGGUGGUGGUGGAUGCUGUGUGCUCUGGGGAUGCAUUUCUGUCACUGUGGGUGCCAUGAUGAGGUGUUUCCCCCCACCCCACACACACACCUCCGACACAUGCAUCCCUUUUAUUCUUGUAUCAGCCACUACUGGCAUCCGUGAUGGUCUGGGAAGGUUUAAGACACAACCAGGCUUUUUUUUGAAGUCUUUUUAUAUAUUGUAUGUUGAUGCUUGUUGAAGUGAUAUUUUAUUAAACAGUUUUGCUUUAA